GAAACUCUGUCUUCCCAUCGGUGCUAUUUCUCAAGUUAGACUGAUCACCUGUCUCUGUCUGUCUGUCUGUCUGUCUGUCCGUCUGGGUUUCGGCCGCCAUGUUGGCUCAGGCGUUCCUGAAGACGUCACUGCUGCUGUGGCUGGUGCAGCACACCUUACAGGGAGGAGUCGUACGUGCACCUAGUGGGCUGGGGAGACUGGGCCCAGGACAAGGUGCUGGUCUGGGUGCUCCUGGAACUGCUGGAUCUUUAGGAGCUGGUGGUCUCGGGGGUCGUGGCUAUGGAGCAGGAAAGCCUGACAAACCAGCCGGAGCUGCCGGUUUUCGUGGAGGUGCAGGAUACCAGCCCCGAGGCUCACUGCCAGGAAAACAAGGAACUGUUCCAGUAGGAUACGGUGCCGGCCUUGGCACGGGUGUGGGAUAUGGGAACGGCCUGGGAGCUCGAGGAUACACUAAUGGCUACGGAUAUCAGCCAAGAUAUGGUGCCGGUGGUUAUCCUGCUGGUGGUUAUCCUGCCGGUGGUUAUCCUGCUGGUGGUUAUCCUGCUGUUGGUUAUUCUGCCGGUGGUUAUCCUGCCGGUGGUUAUCCUGCCGGUGGUUAUCCUGCUGGUGGUUAUCCUGCUGCUGCACGUGGUGGGGUAGGAGGCGGCGCUCCUACAGGAAUCGGCGCAAAACCCUCCAAACCGGGGUACGGCCCCGGCGCAGGUGUGUAUCCUGGAGCAGGUCUGACUAACGGCUACGGAGGAGGUUUGGGUCCUGGUGCAUAUCCCCAAGCUGGUCGACUGGGCAAACAGACUGGCUACGGCACUGCAUAUGGCACUGGGUAUGGCGAUGGCUAUGGAGCUGGUGUGGGAGCUGGAGGCUAUGGAGGUUAUGGAGCUGCAGGACUGGGGCUGACCAACGGUCUGGGUGCUGGACAGGGAGCUGGACCAAGAGGUUUCUUUAGAGCUGCACCAGGAGCUGGACUGGGAGCUGGACUGGGAGCUGGACCAGGAGCUGGACUGGGAGCUGGACUGGGAGCUGGACUGGGAGCUGGACCAGGAGCUGGAUAUUCUGCUGAGGCCAAGAGUGCGAAAUAUGGUGGCGGUGGUCCCGGUGCUGUGAUCGGCACUGCUGCAGGUCAGCCCGUGGUUUCUGCCGGUCUGGGUGCAGGUCUCGGUGCCGGUCUGGGUGCAGGUCUGGGUGCUGGCAAAGCAGGAGGUUAUGGUGGAGCUCCUUAUGUGGGGCAGCCAGGUGGCCUCGGGGGCGACACUAGCCUCGGUACUGGUGGCAUCCUGGAGCCUGUGACUGAUGGAGGAUAUGGAGGAAAUGGAGCGCAGGCCAUUCCAGCUGGACUAGAUGGUGAUGGUGGUUAUCCAUAUGAAGCACAGCAGCUCAGACUAGGAGGUGACGGUGGAAAGCCAGCAUCUGGUCGUGGGUUCGAGCCCCAGCACUGCCAAGCUGCCAGUGUUGAGUCCCUGAGUCAAGACCCUUAA